CGCUACGCGGAGCGUGUAGGUAGUGCGGGCUGGGCGCCCGAGGCAGCUGGCUCGGGCCAUGUGUUGCUUGGGAAACAGGUUGCGAAGGGAUCCAUUCACAGCUUGUGGGUAUUUGUCAGAUGAAGUUGGAAUUAAGUUUGUGCUGCCUGUGCGUCGGACAAAGAGGCGUGGUUCCUUUGUGCGACUCUGAGCCGGCCUCGUGGAGGAGGCAGUUACACGACGGUAGCUUCCGAAUCGAGCACAGCAGCGAGCGACAGGAAAGGCGCAAACAGCCACCAAGCAAACUAGUGACAUUAUGCCAUAUUGACUUUUGCAUAGACUAUACAAUGGGCGGAACUGCUGGAGUGGCCCGAGAACGAGAAACGCAGUGCAAACCUGCAUGGACAAUACCCGAGGACUCCUGAACACCAUGCACCCUAACCGUCCCAUUUUGGUGACCUGAGAGCGACCAUGCUCGAUAAAAAGGGAUAUAGAUGGGGCAUUCCGACUCUACCGCUCAGAUGCUGAGAUUAAGUCAUACCGCGCGCGGAUCGUCACACGUCUAACAUUACUGUACCGCGUCCAAAUUCGCGGCCAAGGCCAAGAUGCUGACCAAAAGUGGAAAUAGCCAGCCUAACUCAAAGAAGAUGGGAAGAGGGCGCCUCGCUCGCGAAGCAUGCGCCCGCCUGGGGGAGGCGUCAAGGGAGGAGUAAUGGUAGCCAUGGGUGGGAUGGCAAACAUUCUGAUGUUGUCGUCGACAUCUGCGCCUUCGCGAGUGCCCCAAGUGGUCU